AUGAAAUCAGCAUUAACUACUACCAGUAAUAAUAAUAAAUCAUUAUCGGAAUAUACGAAAACGAAUGAAUAUUCUAAAUUAAUAUCAGUUACGAAUAGUGAUUAUUCAAAUAAAAAGAUUGUAGCUCGAAAAACAUCGGUUCAACCUUUAAAACGUCUUAAACUAUCACAAACGGAACCAUUUAAUAAAGUCAUUACUACAGUUAAUAUGGAAACCGAUUUUGAUAUGACACAACAAAACAAUAAUAACAAACAGUUAACAGAAGAAUUCUUUUUACAAUUACAUCCUUUCAGUGAUUUCAUACUUAUUGUUGAAGGCAAAGAAAUUUUUGUUGAUAAAAGUGUCUUAUCGUCUGUAUCGAAAAUUUUUCAAUUAUAUUUUCAAGAUCAGAAUAUCAGUUCAAUGGAAAUUGUUGAUGUUUCAUCACAUGAUAUGAUUGAAUUACUUCAAUUUCUAUAUCCACAAUUUCAAUGUACUAUGACCUAUCAAAAUGUAACUGACUUACUUAUCCUUGCUCAUCGUUUUGAAAUACAUUUUAUUUUAACUGCAUGUCAUACAUUUAUUUUACUGUAUCUAUCGAAAUUUAACUAUAUUUCAACAUAUUCUAAUGGUAUAAAUUUAAUUGAGCAAGAGAAUGGUUUACGUUUGGCAAUCUCAUCUAUUAUUGAUACUUUAUGUAUAUGGUUUCGUGAAUUCUUCUAUAUGAAUGAUCAGUUAGUUUGUGAAAAUCUUCUAAAUAAAUUAUGUCAAUGCAACAUUUCAAAUUUCAUUUCAUCGAAAAUUUUCAAUGAUUUAGAAGAAAAAAUUAAAUAUAAAAUCUUUCAAGCACGAGCAAAGCAUUUAGAAAACCAAAGUGCACCUACUAUUGCCGAUGUUAAAUAA